AUCGCAAGUUGUUCACAUUUCGCAAACACACGUGUUGUAUUACUGCUGUACUGGAUUGAAUUUUUUAUAGACAAUAGCGCAAAAUUAAAUUUGUAAAAUGUCCAUUCGAGAAAAGUUGUUAAUGAAAAAGAUAAAGAAGCGUGAGAAAAUGAAGAAGGUGCUUGCAGAGAAAAAGGGAAAGCAGCGCGUCAAUCCUCCAAAAGAAGUUGAAGCGGAUGAAGUAGACGCUGACUUCAAUGAAGCCCCUGCCCCUUCAGCCAAGAGAGCAAAAAUCACAAAGAAAAAGCAGAAACCUCAGAUGGAAGUAGUAAAUUCCGACUCGGAUAGUGAGGAGGAUCAACGUCAAGAUGCAGCUGAUGACAGUGAAUAUUCUGAUGAUGAAGAUGUGGCAACUGAUGAGCCACAAAGCAAUCAAAAAACAUUAAAUGGUAAACAAAAUAAGAAAAAAGCAAAAAAACAAUGUGAAGAAGAAUCGGCUACAGCGGUAGAUCCAAAUCCUGAGCAGGCUCUUGCCAAUCGUGAUCCCAAUGACCGGUCAUUUGCCUCGCUCAAAGGUUCCGUAUCCGAAGCGACGCUGAAAGCCAUUGCAGAGAUGGGUUUCACAGAGAUGACGGAAAUACAAGCGAAAUCUUUACCACCUCUGCUCCAAGGGCGUGAUUUGGUUGGAGCUGCUAAGACUGGUUCGGGCAAAACACUAGCGUUUCUUAUACCAGCAGUGGAGUUAAUAUACAAAUUACGAUUCAUGCCACGUAAUGGCACAGGAGUAAUAAUUAUUUCGCCAACAAGAGAAUUGUCAAUGCAAACUUUCGGUGUACUAAAGGAAUUGAUGGCGCAUCAUCACCACACAUAUGGUUUAGUUAUGGGUGGCUCCAAUCGUCAAGUAGAGAGUGAAAAGCUAGGAAAAGGCAUUAAUAUUUUGGUAGCUACUCCUGGGCGAUUGCUGGAUCAUUUGCAAAAUUCACCAGAUUUCCUAUACAAAAAUUUGCAAUGCUUAGUUCUUGACGAGGUGGAUCGUAUACUGGAAAUUGGAUUCGAAGAAGAAUUGAAACAAAUUGUAAACUUACUUCCAAAACGUCGCCAAACAAUGUUGUUUUCUGCAACUCAAACCGAUAAGAUCGAUGCGCUUUCCAAAUUGGCGCUCAAAAAGGAGCCAUUCUAUGUGGGUGUCGAUGACCAUGAAGAGGUAGCAACGGUUAGUGGUUUGGAACAAGGUUACAUCGUGUGCCCCUCUGCGAAACGCCUAUUGGUGCUAUUUACUUUCCUGAAAAAGAAUCGCAGGAAGAAGGUGAUGGUAUUCUUUUCAUCCUGCAUGUCUGUAAAAUACCAUCAUGAGCUGUUCAAUUACAUAGAUUUACCUGUAACUUCUAUACAUGGCAAGCAAAAGCAAACCAAACGUACAACUACGUUCUUUCAGUUUUGCAAUGCGUCUGAGGGUAUCUUACUAUGUACAGAUGUGGCGGCACGUGGCCUAGACAUUCCGCAAGUAGAUUGGAUUGUGCAGUAUGAUCCUCCAGAUGAUCCAAAGGAAUAUAUUCAUCGUGUUGGUCGUACCGCGCGUGGUACUGGCAGCUCAGGUCAUGCUCUGCUUUUACUACGCCCCGAAGAGUUAGGAUUUUUACGCUAUCUAAAAGCCGCCAAAGUGCCACUGAACGAGUUUGAGUUUUCCUGGGCGAAAAUUGCAGAUAUUCAAUUACAGCUGGAAAAACUAAUUUCGAAAAAUUAUUUUCUAAAUCAAUCGGCCAAGGAAGCAUUUAAGGCGUACGUACGGGCAUAUGAUUCACACCAAUUGAAAUCAAUAUUCGACAUCAAUACGCUUGACUUGCAAGCUGUAGCGAAAAGUUUCGGUUUCUUAGUACCACCAGUGGUUGACCUGAAGGUGGGUGCUAAGCGCAAGCGACCAGAGAAACGGGUUGGUGGCGGUGGAUUCGGUUACUACAAGCAAAUGAAUGAUGACAAUCCAAAACAGCGUAUUUUUAAGCAAAUUAAUCGCGAUCAAUUAAAAAAGAAUAAAAGUUAUAUGCGAUAAAGUUUUUGAUAUUUACAGACUUAAUAGUUAGUUUAAUUGGAAUGUUUUACUUUCGUU